CAGAGAUUGAUGACGUAGUGCACAUCUCUGAGUUUCGGAAGUCUGAAAAAUUUCAAAGUGUCCAGUAUUUCCUUGAAAAUAGAUCGAUUGAUUGAAGUCAGUUGAGAUGGUACACAGACAAAGCUGCCGGAGAUUGGGUGGUAUUUACGGAGUUGCUGAUGAAAUUAACAAUCUGAGAAAGCAAAAAAGGUCUAAGGAUGAAAAAACAAAAGGUGCUACAGCUGCUGUGGAGACAAAAGAGGCUACCAUGGAAACCAGUACAAAGAAAACAAAAAAGAAGAAAAAGUCCAAGAAGAAUCUGUCAGAGACAGCCACAGAAACCUCAGUUGGUGACACAAAUGGUGUAAUUGGUGACACUGAAGCUGUUAAGCCAAAAAAUAAAAAUAAAAAGUCGAAGAAGAAUGUAUCAGAGUCUCACCCUGAAUCUGUUGAGCCAAAAAAUAAAAAGUCCAAGAAGAAUGUGUUCGUGUCUCCCACAGAAAUCUCGGUUGAUGGCACAAAGGGAGUAACUUGUGAUGUUGUGACAGUGAAGCUAGAAAAUAAUAAGUCCAAGAAGAGUUUGACAAAGUCUCCCAUAGAAACCUCAGUUGAUGACACAAAUGGAGAAAUUGGUGACACUGAAACUGUUAAGAAAACAAAGAAAAAGCAAAAGAAAGCUGAAAUGAGAACAGAAGUAAAUAUAAAUGUAAAUGAAUUGAAUGUAUAUGUUGAUAAUUCACCCGAAGGUGCAGUAGCAGCAUCAAAAAAGAAAAAGAAAAACAAGAAGAGAAAACUAGAAACUGAUGGAGAAAAAUUAUCUACAAAUGAAGUACUUGAAUCUGAGUCUAAUGCUUCAGUUAAGAAUAAGAAAACAAAGAAAAGAAAGAAGUCAGGCACUAGUGAAGUUGAAAGUACAGCUGUUCAAGAUGGAAUUUCUGAACACACAGAAGAACCAUCUAAUAAUGGAGCAAAUGAAACCAAGAAAAAGAAAAAAACUAAGAAAUCAAAGAACAAUGACAAUUCAGUAAAAGAUAGCAUUGAUGAAAUUAUAACUGCCAACACUUCUGGGGCUAAAAAUUCAAAAAAGAAAAAUAAGCGAAAGAUGGAAGAUGAUAAUGAAAAUGAUAAGCCAAAAAAAUCUAAACAUGUAAAUAAGAAUGAUUCUUCACCAGAUGAUAAGCCAAAAAAGAAACAGAAAGAGAAUAAACAUGUCGAGGAGCAGUCAACUGUUACUACAAAGAAUGAUGAUGAAAUACCUGAAGUUGAAAAUGGAGAAAAUAAAAUAAGCAAGCCAUCCAAGAAGUCUAAAAAAAAUAAGAAAAACAAUGCUGGUGAACCUAAUUCUGAUCCUACAAAAAAGAAUAAAAUAUGUGAUACCCCAAGCAGAAUUAAUGAAAGCACCAAUAUGAAUAACCCUCCAAGUAAAGAAAAUGAAAUAAAAGACAAAACAAAAUCUAAUCCUGAACCUGUUAAUGUUGGACAGUGGUCCACAGCUUCAUUUGGGGAUUCUACAACGCAAAAUAAAUUCUUUCGACUAAUGGGAGGAAUGAAAAACAAAAAUACAAGCGCAACUACUUCAGGCAAUAAAUUAGGAAAACAUUUCAAUGCUUUGGAUAAAACCAAAGCAGAUGAAUUGAACAAAAAGCUUGAGGAACAAUUUGAAAAAGCUCGAGAUUUUCGAUUUAAUAAAGAAAAGGGUAUAGGAUUAGGUUUUGUUGAAGACCCAGCCAAAGGCAAAAAAUUGUAUAUUGAUAAAUCAAAAUCUAAGUCAAUGAAAUUUGAUGAUUGACACAGGGCACCAAAUUAAGCAAAAAUACAAUAUUGUUUUGAUUGUUAUAAUUAGGCUGUCAUAGUUUACUGUGUAUAUGUACUUAACUGCUUAAUGUUCUAAGAAAAUGAAAUAAAUAAUAUGGCACUUUA